GGCUCCUCUCCAGGGCUCAAAGCCAGAGGGCCCUGCCGCUGACCCUGAGCUGCAGGGCCCAGAAGCUCCUACUGGAAGGAUCAAGGAUAAAUGAUAUGAGCUGGAAUGAGGGAUUGCAUCUCAGUAGCUAGAAACCCGGCAGAAGCCAGAGCAUCCUGCUCGCUGGCCUCUCCGUCCCGGGCCGGAAAGCUGAGCGCCCGGAACCUUUAUACGCGAGCUUUGCAGAACCCGGGCUCUAUUAGGCGCUGCGCGGCGGUUUGCCGGAGCUGGUUGCCAGGGUGACGGCUGAGAAGAUGGCUGCUGCGUCUUCGUCGGAUUCCGACAGCGGCAGAGCUGAGAGCAGUGAAGCCAGUUCGAAAUGGCUGGAUGCACACUACGACCCCAUGGCCAACAUCCACACCUUUUCCGCCUGCCUGGAGCUGGCAGAUUUGCAUGGGGACGGGGAGUACAAGCUGGUGGUGGGGGACCUUGGCCCAGGUGGGCAGCAGCCCCGCCUGAAGGUGCUUAAAGGACCCACAGUGCUGAGCGAAAGCCCGCUACCUGCCCUGCCAGCCGCUGCUGCCACCUUCCUCAUGGAGCAACACGAACCCCGGACACCAGCGCUGGCACUCGCGUCAGGCCCUUGUGUGUAUGUGUAUAAGAAUCUCAGGCCCUACUUCAAGUUCACCCUGCCCCAGUUGCCUCCAAACCCCCUGGAACAAGACCUUUGGAACCAGGCCAAAGAGGACCGCAUUGACCCCCUGACCCUGAAGGAGAUGCUGGAGGGCAUCCGGGAGAAGGCAGAGGUGCCUUUGUCUGUGCAGUCACUCAGGUUUCUGCAGCUGGAGCUGAGUGAAAUGGAGGCAUUUGUGAACCAGCACAAGUCCAAGUCCAUCAGGCGGCAGACAGUCAUCACCACCAUGACCACCUUAAAGAAGAACCUGGCUGACGAGGACGCUGUGUCCUGUCUGGUGCUGGGCACUGAGAACAAGGAGCUCCUGGUGCUGGACCCAGAGGCCUUCACUGUUUUGGCCAAGAUGAGCCUACCCAGCGUCCCCGUCUUCCUGGAGGCUUCUGGCCAGUUCGAUGUGGAGUUCCGUCUUGCUGCUGCCUGCCGCAACGGGAACAUCUAUAUGCUGAGAAGAGACUCCAAGCGCCCCAAGUACUGCAUCGAGCUGAGUGCCCAGCCUGUGGGGCUUGUCCGGGUUCACAAGGUCCUGGUGGUGGGCAGCAACCAAGACAGCCUGCACGGCUUCACCCACAAGGGUAAGAGGCUGUGGACAGUGCAGAUGCCCGCGGCCAUCCUGACCAUGAACCUCCUGGAGCAGCGCUCCCGGGGCCUGCAGGCCGUCAUGGCUGGACUGGCCAACGGAGAGGUCCGCAUCUACCGCGACAAGGCCCUGCUCAGCGUCGUCCGCACGCCGGAUGCAGUGACCAGCCUUUGCUUUGGCCGCUACGGGCGGGAAGAUCACACCCUCGUCAUGACUACACGAGGUGGUGGCCUGAUUAUCAAGAUCCUGAAGCGCACAGCAGUGUUUGUGGAGGGAGGAGGUGAAGCAGGUCCCCCACCAGCCCAGGCCAUGAAACUUAACAUGCCCCGAAAGACCCGGCUUUAUGUGGAUCAGACACUGCGAGAGCGGGAAGCCGGCACCGCCAUGCACCGGGCCUUCCAGGCAGACCUCCACCUGCUGCGCCUCCGGGCCGCCCGUGCCUCCGUGCAGGCCCUCGAGUCCAGCCUGAGCCCCGUGUCUGCGACGGCGCGGGAGCCGCUCAAGCUGCACGCUGUGGUUCAGGGCCUGGGCCCCACCUUUAAGCUCACCCUUCACCUGCAGAACACCUCAACAGCCCGACCCAUCCUGGGGCUGCUGGUCUGCUUCCUGUACAACGAGGGGCUCUAUGCUCUGCCCCGGGCCUUCUUCAAGGUCCCCUUGCUGGUGCCAGGGCUCAACUACCCCCUGGAGACCUUUGUGGAGAGUCUUAGUGACAAGGGCAUCUCAGACAUUAUCAAGGUGCUGGUGCUCCGAGAAGGCCAGAACGCACCCCUGCUGAGCGCCCACAUCAGCAUGCCUGUGAGUGAGGGGCUGGCAGCUGCCUGACCCCUGAGCCCGUGUUAAAGCCCCUGUGGAAUCAGGACCAGGGAGAUCCAGCCCCUUCCACUGAGCCGGGCAGAGUCCACGGCCCCAGGCCCACUCUGGUGCAGCAGUGUGCUGGGCGACGGCCUCCCUCUCCUCUCCUAGUGCCCCUUUCUCACCACCCUGACCACUGGGUGACCUGCAGCAGCAGGUCGGUGAGUCCCUAGGAGGUUGGGCUCCGUCCUCCUCAGGGAAACCCAGGCAUUGGCCCUUUGGGCUCUCUCAUCUCCCCACUUUUCCCCAGAAACCACUCCCAGGUCUGAAGGCAGAGUUCUGAAGUGCUCAAGGUGAGAUGAGGGCAUAGGCCCAGCCUCCUUGUCUGCCGCUUCCCUUAGGCAUGUCACUCUGCUGCUGCUACAGAAUUGGCUGGGGCCUUGCCUGAGACAGUCAAGAGGCUUUUCUUGGGUGAGACUGAGCCCCCUGUCGCUCCCUGGGGUUCCAGAGGCUUGGCUCCUGCCAGCUCAGCUUGCAGGCAAAACACAUGCUCUGAUCUCCCCUCGUGAGCUCAGCAGGGGGCCCCUCUUUCUAGUCAGGGGGCCCAGGGAAUAGCUGCCUUCCCACAGGAAGUCUUGGGCUCAGCCAAGGUCUCAGGCCUGUGAUCCUCCAUGAAGAUCACCAAGGGAGAAGCUGCUGCGGGGGGGCAGAGAGUGCCGUGCAGGAGCUAGUGGCCCCAGCCCCCCACCAGGCUUUGGAAGACCACACAGCUGCUGCUCCUGACUUGGAUGCUCGUGCCCAGAAAGCAUCCCAGGAGAGGAAGGCUCAGCUAGGCAGAGCAGAGGUGAGGCCGCGGCACACAGGAGGGGCGUCUCUGGGGUCCUGGGGAGGGGGUUCGGGAGGCAGAAGCCUAGAACUGCCAGUCGAGAUGCUCUCCUAUGCCCCGGAGCCCAGAUCGGUCAGGUGAGUGGCAAGUUCACUGGGCAGUGGCCAUAGUGUGAGAGAUUCACUGGAAAGGCAUGGACCGUAGGUGUUGAGUCAGGUUGAAGAUUGAACGAAGGUACGUGUUUAGACCAUAAGCAUCAGAGACCCACAGUCUGGGCCCUUGGUGCUUCCUGGAGCCCCCUGGCUAGUCUGCCUGGCCCACCUCACAGCCUUCUUUAGGGUUAGCACCGCCAGGGCCGCCCUGAGCCAUUUGUGAGCCAGGAACCCUACUGCCUGAGGAAGGACCGGUAUCUUCUGUCUGACCAGGUACUGCCUAGCAUGUGGCAGACAGCUCAGGCUUGUGGGAAGUACCCAAAUCCCUGUGUGUUUCAGUUUCCCCAAGCGUAAAAUGAGGCAGUUUGACCAGAUUCAGCUCUAACAUCCCAGAGUUGGCAGCCCCUCUAGAGGAAACAAGGAGUCAACUCCAGAAAGGGGGUACUUGACAGGAGUAAGUGCAGAGCUUUUGCUCUUGAGACCAAGGGCCCCAAGCUGAUCGAUUCUGCCGGGCGACAGCCUCUGUGCCGAAGACAGUGAGGGACAGCCCACAGUCACCCCCUGUUCUCCCCAGGGAAUGCAUUCUGGGGCCAGGUUAAGAGAAGCAAGGGGACUGGACCAGAGAAAGAGCCCCAUCCCCCUCCUCUCUGCACAGUCCAGCCACUCGCAAACAUAGACCAAUUAGAUCAGGGUGGUCUGGACUUUCUAGAACGAGCCGACUGAGGCACAGUUGGAAUAAGCAGGAGGUUUCGUCUGGAAAUGGAAAGACAGGAAGAGCGAGUGUCGCUGUCAGUCAGAGAGAUGUCAGCUUAACCUGAAGAGUUUUCUGAGAGAGCUUAUCAGAGAUGGAAGGGCCUGCCCUAGCAGGUAUUGGGCCCCUUGUCACUGGAGCUGUGUCACUGGGGCUGGGCCAGAUGACCUCACAAUCCCUUUCACCCCAGUGAAGUGAUGAACUGUGUGAACUCGGAACAAAGGAGUCUGAUCUGGGUUCUAUUCAUAGUUAUUCAUGAUGAUGAAAGUGGAGAAACUAUUCCUAAGCCCAACACCUAACGUGAAUUUAUAUGAUGUAAUACAAUGUACCUAUUAUUAAAAAAUAUGUGAAUUGUACUGGUCUGGACAGUGUAAAUAAAGCAAUACAAAGCAAGAAACUGUGCAUGAUACCCAAUGCCCUCACCAGUUAGAGCUCCAAGAAACUGUACAUUAAGGAUGAGGAGAGGGCUUCCCUGGUGGCGCAGUGGC